CGCCUAUAUAUACUCUCUAACUGAUCAGAAUCAUCCCUGCUUUGUAAACUCUUCUCUUUGUCCGGCCGCAGCAUUCACUCAUCUAAAGGUUAGAUCCAGAAGAUUUCGUAAUAAUUUAUGAAUUCCGCGGAUAUAGAUACAAGAAUUUCAUGUUGUCUCUAAAUUUAACCAUGUUUUCUUUGUGAAUCAAGCUGUUCGCUUUGUAUUUAUUUAGAUAGUAGCGGAAAUGGUGUUUAAGUACGCGUAUCUCCUGAAUCUUUGUUUAUAUUGAACCUCUAGAUCCUUACUCAUCGAGAUCUUUGUUACUCGCGCUAUUACUAAGUCAGAGUUAUUGUUGAGAUUUUCUCUGUAUUCCUUGUUCUGAAAGUCUAGAGUAUUGUAAAUCUGUGGUUGAUUUUAAAUAGAUGUGUGAGAACUAACUAUUUUGAAGAUCUCGAUGUCUUUUGUUAUCUCAUCUCUGUUUGUAAGUUAUAUUUUUCACUGGAAUGAUUUGGUUGUAAUCCAUAUUGAGAAUUAGUCUGGAGUAAUGUCAAUAUAUGGUUAAUUUUAAUUUGAUGUGUAAGAUUUGCCUGUUCGGAAGAUUUGGGUGUCGUUUGUUAUGUCAUCGAAGUCACAAAAUAUUUUUCAAACACUGUAUAGUAAUACGAUAUUGUAGACUUUGAAUGGCAUUUGGUGAAAGGUUCUUUUAUAUAAUUCUACAUGUAGUCUAUUUGUUGUUGGUCAAGUUAUUAAUUGGAAAACAUGAUCACAAUCUGCAACUCUAUUUUAAUUUCUAUUUGUUUACAGGUACCAUAAUCCACCAUGGGUAAGGAAAAGGUUCACAUCAGCAUUGUUGUCAUUGGCCAUGUCGACUCUGGGAAGUCAACCACCACAGGCCAUUUGAUCUACAAGUUGGGAGGUAUUGACAAACGUGUGAUUGAGAGGUUUGAGAAGGAGGCAGCUGAGAUGAACAAGAGGUCCUUCAAGUAUGCAUGGGUUCUUGACAAACUCAAGGCUGAACGUGAGCGUGGUAUCACAAUUGAUAUCGCUUUGUGGAAGUUUGAGACCACAAAGUACUACUGCACUGUCAUUGAUGCUCCUGGACAUCGUGACUUCAUCAAGAACAUGAUUACUGGAACCUCUCAGGCUGAUUGUGCUGUUUUGAUCAUUGAUUCCACCACCGGUGGUUUUGAAGCUGGUAUUUCCAAGGACGGUCAGACCCGUGAACAUGCUUUGCUUGCUUUCACUCUUGGUGUGAAGCAAAUGAUUUGCUGCUGCAACAAGAUGGAUGCCACAACCCCGAAGUAUUCGAAGGCUAGGUAUGAGGAGAUUGUCAAGGAAGUGUCAUCCUACCUGAAGAAGGUCGGAUACAACCCUGACAAGGUCCCCUUUGUCCCAAUCUCUGGUUUUGAGGGUGACAACAUGAUUGAAAGGUCAACAAACCUUGACUGGUACAAGGGACCAACCCUUCUUGAGGCUCUAGACCAGGUCAACGAGCCCAAGAGGCCAUCUGACAAGCCCCUCCGUCUACCUCUUCAGGAUGUCUACAAGAUUGGUGGCAUUGGUACUGUACCUGUCGGCCGUGUUGAGACAGGUGUGAUUAAGCCCGGUAUGUUGGUCACUUUUGGGCCAACUGGUCUGACAACUGAAGUGAAGUCUGUUGAGAUGCAUCAUGAGUCUCUUCCAGAGGCACUUCCUGGUGACAACGUGGGAUUCAAUGUUAAGAAUGUUGCCGUCAAGGAUAUCAAGCGUGGCUAUGUUGCAUCGAAUUCCAAAGAUGACCCUGCCAAGGAAGCUGCCAAUUUCACUGCACAGGUCAUCAUCAUGAACCACCCUGGUCAGAUAGGAAAUGGUUAUGCCCCAGUUCUCGACUGCCACACUUCCCACAUUGCUGUCAAGUUCUCUGAGAUAUUGACUAAAAUUGAUAGACGGUCUGGUAAGGAGCUUGAGAAGGAGCCGAAGUUCUUGAAAAAUGGGGAUGCUGGGAUGGUGAAGAUGGUUCCCACCAAGCCCAUGGUUGUGGAGACCUUUGCUGAGUACCCGCCUCUUGGGCGUUUUGCAGUGAGGGACAUGCGGCAAACUGUUGCUGUUGGAGUCGUCAAGAGUGUGGAGAAGAAAGAGCCUUCUGGAGCUAAGAUUACCAAGGCCGCCGCGAAAAAGAAAUGAAUUGUGUUUUUGCUUCCUCCAAAUGUGUUGCUUUGGUCAAUGAGUUGUCUUUUACUACCUCGUUUGUUUGGUGCCCAUUUUCAGAAUUGGGUUCUGGAUAGGCGAUGGAGAGACUUUACUUUUCUGUUGGACUUCGUUUUCUGAGUUUUUAGUAUUGGGUGCCCCUUGCUAUCUUUAAUUUAGUGGCUCAGAGAGUCGGAGUUUUGUUUUCAUUCAGUUUGUGUUGGACUUUAAUGGAAAUGUAAUUCUGCUUUCCUAGCUUAUACUCUGUAUGUUAUAAUGUGUAUGUUUGAGCUGUGUUGUUCAUGAAGGACAUAUUUCGUGUAUUCUUAUAUUUAGGGGAGGCGGGUGGAAGUACAACAAGUCAAUAACUUAACAUGCUAGGAAAGUGCCGAGUUUAAUGUCCAUCGCAAUCUUUAUAACUAUAAGAAAUUAGGAACGAUAAACAAAUCUACCAAUAAUAACAAUGCAAGUGAGCUUUGGUGGAUGCACACUAGUGACACUACUACACUUGUGAUACCAUUUUGAAAAAUUCCG